AGUCAAAAAGAAAGAUACCAUAUUUAUUUUUUAAGAAAAACUGUUGCAAAAUACGGCGUCGUAUUGCGUGUCACUGAAAGCAACAAAAAUCUCUAUUGACUACCAGAAUUUACAAGUGCAGAUUGCAGAUCCGUAUCACAACUCACCGGAGCACAUCACCCUCUGGCAGUUUAGUAAUUCUCUCUCUUCCCACUCACGAAUCACUCAAAUCAUGGCUACAUAUGCGAGAAUCAACGUAACACUGAUGAUGGCGAUGAUGAUAGCUUUAGCAAUUUCACUUUAUUCAGCUUCAGCUUCACCUGAGGGGGAGUUUGUUCACAAAACCAUUUCUUCACACAAAAUUGUUAUUUUUUCAAAGACCUAUUGUCCGUACUGUAAAAGAGCAAAAGCUGUUUUCAAAGAGUUGAACCAAGUGCCAUUUGUUGUGGAGCUUGAUGAGAGAGAUGAUGGUUCGAAAAUUCAGGAUAUUUUGACUAAUAUUAUUGGGAAGCGCACUGUGCCACAAGUUUUCAUCAAUGGAAAACACCUUGGAGGAUCAGAUGAUACUGUCGAAGCUUAUGAGAGUGGACUGCUUGCUAAACUUCUAGGAAUUGAGAAGAAGGAUUAUGAUGAUCUCUGAAUCAGAUUAUCGAUAACAGAAACUCUGUUGCGAUUCUUAGAUUGUGUUCUGUGACAAUAUGAAAUUUUUACAUAUAAAGGAGAUGAUAAGAUUACAUUUUGGCACAGCUAAAGUUUUCAUUUAUAAAAUAUGAUGGAUAGUUUUCCAAUUAUCACAUGAAA